AUGCCAGGCGAAGAACUUACGACGCCUCUCAUCAUUCAUGUUUGCUCAAUUUUUUCGCGAUCUAAGCGACUUCUGCCUACAUUCGGCACGCGACCCAUUACAUCUAGCCAGACGAGUCCGCCGCGACUCGUCACAUCCUGGCUGCGAGAUGACGUUGGGCAAGUACUUACGAAGCAGACGUUCCACGGUCACACGUCUCCUACACACAUCGCUACACAAGGGCACUCGGGCCGAGCGGCCCCACACACUGCACUGAGCCCCGGCGCCCGCGGGGCCGCGCCGGAGGCUCACCGACACACAAAAAUACGGCGGAACCACCAAAUUUUGGCCGCGCAAAUCCACGGGAAGGCUCAUAAGACCGGCGCGGUCCGGAGCGGCACCUGGCGCGGGCGGGGGGCGGCCCACGCACCGGCCUCGAUUCUCGUCCGCCCGCCGCGCGGUUAUCACUGCAAUAUGGCCGCUACUCACUUCCUCGGUGAAGUUCUUCGU